UGUCAAUCAAAUAAGUCUAUUUGAUGUUCAACUCUCAAUGUAAAGGACUGUUUAAAACAACUAACAAAUGAACAAGUAAAUCAACAAAUGUGUCAAGCGGAAAACAAGAAUAGUCUAAAGAAAACAAUAAUUGAUGUUAACAAGUUCAAAAGAUUCUUAUUGACAAAACAAGAAAAAAGGGAAAUACAUGACAUAGGCCCGGAUAUGUUGGAUGAAUACUUGGCAAAGUAUGUGCUUUCAGUUAGAAAAUGUGAUGGUUUUGAAUAUGAACCAAGCACAAUAAGGAACAUGAUAUCAUGCAUCGACCGGAAACUCAAACGCAACAAAUAUCCUGUACAAAUUAUGCAAGAAAACAACACCAAUCACUUUCAGCUUACAAGGGAUGCUUUAAAGGCGAAACAAAGAACCCUAAAAACAUGGGAAAGGGCAACAAACCAAAUGCCACAUAUUCCAUACGUGACGAGGAAAUCAAUGUAAUGUAUGAACGUGGAAUGCUGGAUGGUACAUCGCCAAAGGCCUGGUUUAACAAUUGUGUGUCACUUGGAUUAAGAGGAACGACUGAGAAUUAUAAUUUGAGAAAAAGAUGAUUCCCAAGGUUCUAGCGCAACAGCGCCCUAGGCGUAGAUACCGAUGCAAAGUGUGCGGGAAAACUGAUAGAAAAGGGAGGUUGAUUGGCCACAUCCUGAAGCACCAUGUGCCGAUGGACCAGGCUCCAUUUUCCUGCGGAUUGUGUAACUUCCGGUGUACUGAAGUGGCAGAUCGCACUAACCAUAUCACGCGGUAUAAGCGUCAUGUCGAUGAGGCAAAACGAGCAGGAGUAGUGGAUCUUUCGCAAAUCCUGAGGAAAGCAGAAAAUCCCGUCGAGGUUCACAACUUUAUGGAGGCCGAUCCUGAAGAUGACUAUGAGGGUAUAUUCGAACAAGACGCGGAGGAAGCAGUCCUACCCGACUGGCUGUCUCAGGCUACCGGUAGUUUACUAACGCCUUCGGCCUCACCUUCCGUGUCUGCUUUUAAUACAGUAGAGAAGCCGGUGGAAAUCAACGCGAUAAGUGUUGCAAGAGUGCCUAGUCAAUCGCCGCUCUUUCGUGCAAUUCAGGCACCAGCCCUAAACCUGUGGCCGGCAACGAUCCCCUUUCCGAUGCCGACGUACAUGAAUGAGACAGUGAACGCUCCAAUAACAUUCUCGCAGUCGUCAGCGGUGAGAGCAGAGGUGAACACCCCGUUAACGGACGAACCCGAAUUUUUGGGCAAUGGCAUUGCCGAGUCGUUCCUGGAGGAGUUAUGUUCUCCGGCAACCGCUGCAACCGCAGAAAACCCGAGGCAAGUCGUGGAACCAGAGCGUCCCGUUAGCUCCGUCGGGGAGUGCGUCAACGUUGUGCAAGCUGCUAGCUCUUCGUCAAACGAAGUGCUGAGACAAGCCUUCACUGACUUAGUCAACCAGUUAAGCAGUGAUAACCGGGAGAUCAUUAGAGCCAUAAGAGAGAACACGGCGGAGUUGCGUGCAAUUAAAAACAAACUAUGUCCAAUGAGUGAGGACAUUAAGUCAUUAAGAUUUAAUUCAGAUCUGGUAAGGCGAUCCACUGUUGGGAAGCUGGAGAGGGAUAGGGAACAGGUGUCGAAGCGGCAUUCUAAGCCAUAGCCAUGUAACAUUUGAAAAGAAAUGUAUUGUUGUUUGCUGUUUAAAGUGUGUUUCAUUAUUGAUAGUUUAUCUUAAGUCAUUUUACUGUUUCGAGUCACUGUGACCUUGUGCCUAUAAAGUUUCAUGAGCCUAGGCGUUAGCAUUCUUGAGUUACCAUCCGGAAACCAUCUGGUGAACGGACCGACCGACCGACAGACCGACGGACCGACCGACAUGUACAAAGCAAUAUACCUCAUCCUCUUCGAAGGGGGGCAUAAUAAUAUGUUUAUCAGUAAACUGUUUUAGUAUUUGUUACAAUUACCUGUGGACUUUGGCAACAGGAGUUUUGCCAAAAAGACAGGGGGGUAAUGAUAUGCCCUGCAUAUAGGAACAUCAAAUUACCUAACAUUUGUUUAUACAUAUUAUGAAUAUAACUUAACUUACCCAUUGCUGUACAACUCAUGUGUUGAAUAUUUGAGCAGCCAUAAUUUAAUUUGCAUGUGAACUGGUUCAUUUCACAGAGCACCAUACAAACAAAAGACAUAGCUGUUUAAAAUCAUUUCAUCCGUUUAAUGCAAAGUCCACUGUUGUUGUUGUUGUUGUUACUGCAUUUGAUCUUCGAUUUUAUGUCAUUAUAUCUAAGUGUGUUCACACGUAUUACACUAACAUAAUGUUAAGUGAUCAUACCUUGUUAUCUUCGUCGUAUAUCUAUUUUAAUAUGCCUAAAUGAGUACAUUUUCGUAGGUUAUUGUCAGACCAUUCUCAUUUCUGAUCUGGUCGCAGCCAUUUGUCGCGUUGCAUCAUGGUCAGGUUUGAACUAUUGUCUGCAGUGAACUAAGCAUGAAACAGGUUAUUUUUAGAUAUGAUGUAAUCUCUGUUUAAUACUUGUUUAAAGUGGUGUAUCCAUCUUUCUAAGCGCCCAUAGAUUGUUUUACAUAAAUUUUUGUUCAAAAUCCAAUAUGGCGGUGUCUUUUGGCGUGAUGUCAUUUCAAUGCAUUUCGAGCGUUCAUGACAACUUGUUGUGGUCAAUCGACGUCAUUGACCCAUUUUUGGGGGCAAUGACCAUUUAUUUUGGGUACAUGACCAGUAAUUUUGGGGCAGGCGACCAAGAAUUCUUGGUCGGGCCAUAAAAACUGGGCAUUGACCAACCUUUUGGGUCGCUCGAGUAUUUAAGGUUCCAGGAACUUUAUUAAGUAAUUCAGUCAGGCCAUAACAUCAAGGGCAUAACAUCUUUUAUUAGAUCUAAAUAUUCAGAAACUUGUAAGAAAAACUUAAUAUAAACUGAAUUCAUAUUAAUUGCUACUGUAACUAAAUAAUAGACUUUAACCCAACAAAGAUAUUUUAUAUUAAUACAUUAAAGAUUGUUUAUUUAUUUAAAACGUAUACUCUUGUGGUGAAUGAGUGUUGGAAACUUG